CACGAUUGAAAAAGCUCAUCUUUUUAUUUCUCUCUCUCUCUCUCUCUCUUGGUUACCUAAGCUCUCUAAGUACAUCAUUAAUGGUGGUUAUCAAAAUCUAGCAUAUGUUCCAAGUUCAAAAAAAGUGAAAAGAUUUCAGAUUUUGUCACUGGAUCAUGGCUCUGAUUUCUUUCGCUUCAGCUUUGAAUCUGCAGGAGCUUCGUGGAUCUUAGAUUGUGCUUCAGCUUUGAGUGACGAUGAGUAAUGGAGGAAAGACUCUAGAGCAGGCAGAGUCUCUUUUAUAAUGAGGAAUGCUUGUAGUUUAAAUGGAACUGUGUGUCGUUUUUAUGUUAUCUCUAAGUUGGAUUGCUUGUAGUUCUGAAAGGAGCAUGACCAUUUUAGGGUUGGUUAUUCAUAUCUAAGCAAUUAAGAAGAUAUUUCCAGAUCCCUAGCAUCUCCUUCUCUCUUGUUCUCGAUCCUUGUUCUCUUCUUCGUUUCUUGAUGGAAGGGAAGGUGGCUAGACCUAGAGGUAGACCGAGGAAACGACCCAGACCAGAGGAUCAUAAUGGGGUAUCUAAUCGAGGGAAGAGGCCGGUUUUAGAGAUGAAAGUGGCUGUACCUAGAUCUCUUCUUGGUUGCUAUGUGUUGAAAGAUCUUGAUGACUCUAGAGUUUUUCUUGGCAAGAUUGUUUCUUACAAGAGUGGCUUGUACAGAGUUGUAUAUGAGGAUGGUGAUUUUGAGGAUUUGGAAACUCGUUAUCUUCGCCAGUUGAUUAUUGGGGAUAGUUACUUUGAUGAUGAAUUACGUGCUAGAAGGAGUAAAUUAGACGACUUUAUACUGAAGAAUGACGAAAAGAAGAAAACAGAUUGCUUGAAGAACAAAGGAGUUGAGGUGCCCACAUGUACUAGCCCAAGUCCUGUGGCACAAGUUGAAAGUGGUUGUUGUUCACCUGAGUGUGAAGAUAACAUAGAUCCAGAUUCCGAAACUAUGUCUCCUCUUGUUCCACCAGUGGAGUUGCCUUCUUCAUCAGGAACAAUUGGUAUCCCUGAGGAGGCUGUGGUGUAUCUAUUAUCUGUGUAUGGGUUCUUUAGAUCAUUCAGUGUUCAGUUAUAUAUCUGCCCUUUUGGAUUGGAUGAUUUUGUCGGAGCAUUAAAUUUCUUAGGACCAAAUUCUUUGCUGGAUGCCAUUCAUCUUGCCUUGAUGCGAGCACUCAAAGGUCAUCUUGAGAGACUUUCCUCUGAAGGGUCUGAAGUGGCUUCAAAAUGCUUGAGGUGCAUUGAUUGGAGCUUGCUCGAUGCGCUAACUUGGCCUGUUUAUUUGGUUCAGUACUUUGCUGCCAUGGGACAUGCAAGUGGGCCUCUCUGGAGAGUUUUUAAUGAAUUUGUUGUGGAGAAGGAGUAUUAUUCGUCACCCGUAGUAAUGAAGUUGAAGAUCCUGCAAAUUCUGUGUGAUGACGUUUUUGAUGUAGCAGAUAUAAGAGCUGAAAUGGAUACUCGAGAAGAAUCUGAAGUUGGAUUUGAUCCUGAUGGAGUUACUGCUGAACUUCCUGAAAAUGGACCUAGAAGGGUCCACCCCAGAUUUGCUAAAACCUCAGCUUGCAAGGAGAAAGAGCUUAGUGAAUUUGUUGCAGUGAACCAUGGGAUAAGUUCACUGAACGAGUCAAAAAACUUGAGUUCAAGAUAUACUGAUUGUGGUCCUAAUGGAGAUAGCUCAGAUCUGGAUGGAAACAGUGAUGAAUGUAGGCUCUGUGGCAUGGAUGGAACGUUGCUGUGUUGUGAUGGAUGCCCUUUAGCAUAUCACUCAAGAUGCAUCGGUGUGGUCAAAAUGUAUAUACCAGAUGGGCCGUGGUAUUGUCCAGAAUGCACUAUAAAAAAAAUGGGGCCAACUGUUGCUCAUAAAACGUCACUCAGGGGAGCAGUGUAUUUUGGAGUGGAUCCACAUGGGCGACUCUUUUUGGGUACAUGCAAUCACUUACUGGUGCUUAAAAUUUAUGUCAAUGCGGAUGCAGAUAUCAAAUAUUACAAUGCCACCGACCUUCCAAAAGUUGUCCUGGUGCUUUUGUCUGCAACGAACCAUAGAAUGGAAUAUCUGUAUAUAUGCAAAGCGAUCUCACAAUACUGGGAUCUGCCUGGAGAUGUGAUCUCUUAUCUGAGAGCAGUGGAGACUGAUUUAUCUCACAUGCAAAAAGAAGGGGGUGGCGAGGUGUCAGACAUAGUUAAGCCAGAUAGUGCAAGUAGUUCCAGUGGAAAUCUUAUUCAAAAUGCGGUUGGCCUCCACCCAUCUGCUUCAGGCUAUGCUGGCGGUCCUGUUUUACCAAGAUCAAAUGGAGCGCAAGAGAAGAAUUUGGUUGCACUCAGUACACAGAAGGGUUUAUCUUUUAAACCUCAUGCUUACGUUAAUCAUUACACAAAUGGAGAAUUGGCUGCAUCAGCUGGUGCUACUUUGGCUGUCCUAUUAUCAGAGGAAACCCAUGAACCUGAUCUACACAAGUUUAGUAAUGCCAAGAAAGCUGCUUCAAGUAACAUCUUGCUACAGGUGAAAGCAUUUUCGAUAGUAGCCUCGAGUUUCUUCUGGCCAAGUCCUGAUAAGAAGGAAAUUACCAGGGAAAGGUGUGGAUGGUGUCAUUCUUGCAAACUCACAUCAGCAAGUAGGAGAGGAUGCAUGUUAAAUGCAGCUGUAACAGGGGCAACCAAAAGUGCUAUGAAAAUCUACAGUGGCCUUUUUCCUUUAAAGAACGGGGAGGGAGUACUUUCUAGUAUCACAGCAUAUAUCCUCUAUCUCGAGGAAAGCUUACGUGGUCUCAUUGCGGGGCCAUUUCUUAUUGAGAGUCUUAGGUAUCAGUGGCGUAAGAAGUUAGAGGAAGCUUCAACAUGCAAAGCGAUGAAAUCCCUCCUGCUUGAACUUGAGGAAAACAUUUGCAGUAUUGCUCUGUCAAGCGACUGGCUUAAACAAAUUGAUGAUUGGUUGAUAGAACAUUCUAUCUUUCAAAGCGCUCCAGAUACUGUUGGGGCCACACAGAAACGUAGACCUGGUAAGAGGAAGCAGAGGAACCAGGCUGAAAUUACAGCCCAAGGUUCUGAUGAUGAUAGCUUUACUUGGUGGCGAGGGGGGAAGUUAUCAAAAGUUAUACUCCUCAAGGCAGUCGUGUCGAAGCCUAAGAUAAGGAAAGCAGCUUGGCAAGGUGGUAUGAAAAAGUUACCUGAAUUUAAUUAUGGUGAUGGCUCUUACAUUCCUAAAAGAAGCAGGCGGUCUAUUUGGAAAGCCGCAGUUGAAAGUAGCAAAAACAUUUCUCAGCUUGCUCUUCAGGUUAGAUACCUGGAUAUGAAUAUAAGAUGGAGUGAACUUGUACGCCCAGAGCAAAACGUGCAAGAUGUUAAAGGUCCAGAGACAGAGGCUGCUAUUUUCAGGAACGCUAGUAUUUGUGACAAGAAGAUUAUAGAUAACAAGGUUAGAUAUGGAGUUGUCUUUGGGAAUCAAAAGCAUCUUCCAUCCCGUGUCAUGAAGAAUGUCAUUGAAGUCGAGAAAACUGAAGAUAGAGACGAAAAGUAUUGGUUUCAUGAAGCACGCGUUCCCCUAUAUUUGAUCAAAGAAUAUGAAGAAAGUUUGCAUAGGGUAAACAUACCUUUUAUCAAGAAGCCAUCAAGAAAAAUAUCGAAGCUCCAGAAAAGGCAACUAAAAGCUUCUCGAGCGAACAUAUUUUCUUAUCUAGCCUCGCGGAGGGACAACACGGAGAAGUGUUCUUGUGCGUCAUGCCAUCUCGAUGUUUUUUUGAGGGAUUCAACAACAUGCAGUACUUGCCAAGGUUUCUGUCACAAGGAAUGUACUAUGAGUACACAACACACAACUGGUCAGGUGGAAAUUUUGGUAACCUGCAAACGGUGCUACCUUGCAAGAGCACGUUCACUAAUCAAUAUCAAUCACAGACCUCCAACAACACCCACUGUCCUGAUCAACGGACAAGUUCAAAAUGCAGUCACUUCAGUCACGAAGACACAGAUUAAGCCUCUUAAUCAACAGUUACCAUCUCCCAAAAUACGCGACAAUGCUUCAGGAGUUAAACAAAUCACUCCUGAUUUCAAUUUGGCACCGAAGAGUAAACACAAGACAUUGUCUUGGGGAGUCAUAUGGAGAAAAAAGAACUUGGCAGACACAGGUGUUAGUUUCAGACAUCAAAAUGUUCUGUUGGGUGCACGAUCUGAUCAGCCGAACCUGCAACCAGUUUGCUGGGUCUGCAAACUGCCGUAUAAUCCUGGCCUAACAUAUAUUCACUGUACAAGUUGUGACAAGUGGUACCACAUUGAAGCGAUUAAGCUCGAGGAGUCAAAAAUUCCUGAAGUUGUUGGUUUCAAGUGUUGCAAAUGCCGUCGUAUACGAUCACCAGAUUGCCCUUACAUGGAUCCCAAACUCAAGGAACAGAAGCAGAUGAAACAAGUAUUCUUCAGGAGGCAGAAACAUGGGCAAGGAAAUAUCGGAAUAGAUUCUGAUUCCGAUAGAAUGUCUGAACCGAAAGACUCGAUGCCAUCUACUCCCUCGUCUCUCUUCGAAGAUACGUUUGUUCCAGAGGAUGAUCCUCUCUUGGUGUCAGUUUCUAAAAUCGAACAAAUUACACCUAACAGUUUGGAUGUGGACUGGAAAGGGGAUGGUUCGGUGCCGGUACCCCAGAAGCUACAAGUUAGGAGACAAGUGAAACCUGAAGAGACAGACGGGAAUAAUAAUCUUUCUUGUAGCGAGUUUUCAAUGCAUCCUGAAUCAAUGCCUGUUGUGAAACCAGAAACGGAGCCAACAUUGCCUGUCAUGGAAUGGGAUGCAUCUGGCAACAACAACAACAUGGUCGAAGGAGAGCUAAUGUUUGACUACGAAGACAUGGAAUUCGAACCCCAAACAUAUUUCUCGCUGACCGAGUUACUCACAACAGAUGAUAGUGGCCAGUACGAUGGAUAUGGAGAUGACAAGGAUGCUUCAGGAAUAACAGAUAACCCAAACCCUCAGGUUGAGGCAAUGGAACAGUGCACAUCAUUUCUCUAUGACAAUACAAUUCCAUGUCAGAUAUGCAUGCAUGUGGAGCCAGGACCUGAUCUCACAUGUCAGACUUGUACUAUGACAAUACAUUCCCACUGUUCUCCAUGGGAGGAGGAAUCUACUUGCAUAGGAGGUAGCUGGAGAUGUGGUCGUUGCCGUGAGUGGAUGUAGGUGGCGGCUUUUCUCCUCCCAAAGUUAAGUUUCGACUCAUUCUUUUUUGUUUUCAUUUUCUGGCUAUUGGCUAGGCCCCAUCUGUGCUGCUAUUUUGUGGUUAUUGAUGAAUGCAAAGAAUACGUAUUGUCAAUAGAAGUAAAUUAAAUUUGUAUGAAAAUAAAUUGAAAGUUCUCCUUGCAAUGGCAGAGGAUAAGCUCAGUUUGUUCUUGGUACUGCAAAGGAGAUUCUGAAUUCCUUUGAUGUACACUUGUUGAUGAAGUUUGGAACAUCUUUGUAAGACCUAGUGGUCGAGACAAUAGUAUACCAAGUCUGGAAUGAUAAUAGUAGAUGUAGAUGA